UUCUUGUUUGGUGGCAAACAAAAUACAUCCAGUGCAAGAGAAUUUCCCUCAGCUCAGGGCCAAACAUAAACAGUGAUUUUGUGCAGUCUAGCUUUUGGUAGGCAAUCGACGCGUACUUUGUUCGGUGGAAAAAGAUAUACAGUCGUGCGGGAUUAAGUUCCACUCGACUCGAAAUGAUUUUCAGUCAUCGUUUCAUUGGAUGUAUUUAGCGAGGAAAGGCAGUUUUUUCGCGCAUUGCAGUUGUCAUUCAGAUACCUACCAGGGUACAUUUACCUGCGGUGUGUGACAGUGUGGUAUAGGCAGCGUUUAUUUGUCCCAUAUCUUGUGUUGCUCAUUUUGGCAGUUUUUCGAGCUUCGGUAGCAACAUCUGAUUUUUGUUAUAAAUUCACUUUUAACCUACGUGUGAAAAUCCGUGCAAAUUAGGUGUUCCAAUUGCUACCGUAAACCUUUCGUCUUCGCGCUAGCACCAGCUCGGGCAGAAAGGAGUGAUAAGUUCUCUUUUCUUGUCUACCGCAAAGUGGCAUACGGCAAGUUAGUGAAGUUUCGCGAUAGGUGUGGGUGAUAAUUAUAUACUCAUCGGAUUGGAUAGAGUGCAAGAAGUUCAAGCGUACCGUUCGGUGAACCUCAACAGUGACAUGAAGUCGUUCGGAGCAGCCCAGCAAGCGAGCGUCGUUUCCGAAUGGGAAGAUAACGUCGCAUUCGAUUCGGAUGAUCCGGAUUUUUCUGGAGAACCUGGAUCAACCAAAGCAGCAGCCGAUGCUCCACAUCCAGCGGUAGUACAGAACCGAUCGACAACGUGUUUCAACAUCGGCGUGUCGCACGUGCCUGCCAAUUUGCCGCGCUUUCUGAAAGUGCCAUCUACAAUGUCAGUCGCCAGCGUUCAAGCCUCCCAUCUGACCGAAUUGUGCAGUUCAUUGAGCCGUACCAGCCUUAGCCUGUCCUCUUCAUUGUCGGAUUUGGUCGGUAGUCCGUCGCUCACGGUAGUCAGCUCCGCUGCAAUGGCUGCUGCCGCCCUGGAAGUAAGCUCGGAAGCGGUACUCACCAUCGAGGAAUUACGUGCUCAGUUAGGAUCUUGUUUUACCUGUGGCGUUUCCUGGACUGGCGAUCAGGUAUCCCUGGACUGUUCCGAGUGUGGUGGCUACAGUAUGGAACGACCCUGCAUGCUCUGUGAUGGUGUUUGCGGACAGGCGUGGAAGCGCGAUUUCACCAUGAGUCACGCCUGUAGCAAGGCCCGCUGGCAAGGCGUAUGCGCAAAAUUCGCUGCUCCGAUUAUCCCGCUGCAGUCGGCCCCGCUUAGUAGCUGUGCCAGUUUCAGCAGCCAUCAUCAGCUAAUGCAAACAGCCCAGUCGGUAUCCACCUGUCACGGUACCGCGAACCAGCAGUUUCUGCAGCAGGAGCUGUGUGCCCGCUUGGAAAAACUGUCGGCCAAAGCACAUAACUAAGAUGCUGAAGUAGGACUGCGUCUUUUUUCCCAGCAAGUUCGCUGGUCAGGCUGGUGUGUCUGCUUACGUUUAGGCUAGCUAAGUUAAUCGUCAAGUUCGCCAGAUUUCCAAAUAGUUACAUGUACGACAGGGACUACGAUUACGUUCAGACCUGCCUUCCAAAUUUCUUAUGGUUAGCUCAAUAAAUAAAUAACAAAAUUCGUUAUAAGUUCCUAUUCGUUGAUAAACGUAUCAACAUUUAUUAGGUCAACACACGAACAAGACAAAAAACGAAGAAACCGUUCUUAACAUAUUGCAUUUGUAGACUGUAAUUGAGCUCAACGUGGAAGUGGAAGUUGGUAUGUAAAGAUCAUUACAUUACAAACACGGUUAAGACACUUUGUUGUCCAGAUCUGAGGAAAA